AACUAUCCAAAUUCAGGUACACCAUUUAUCUUUCCCAAAAAAAAAAAGGACAAAAAUGGUUUCCUUUUUCACUUUACUAUUGAUAAUGAUCUGUUCUUAGGGAUUUGAUUAAGUUUACCGACUUUAAUCUCCGAUUAAGUAACUUUCUACUAUAUUGACCUGAUUUUCAUUUCAUUUGAAAAAAAUGAGGGUGGGCAAGUUGUUUAAUCAUUCAAUUUUUACUAUUUUAAUGCUUGUAUCAGUAUGUUGUAUGCUUGUAGUGAUUAUAUCAUUGUUCAAAUUACCUGAUAUACCAGCAGGGGAAACUUAUGAAUCCUCAAAUAAUGUGGGUAUUUAUUCAAAAGAUGAGAAAUUGGGUAAAUUUGGUGAAUUGAUGAUUGAUAUGUUACCUAAUGAUCUUGCAUUUACCGUGUUUUUGCCCUCUGAAGAAGCCUUUGAACAUGAUUUGAGAUUAAGGGCAAAUCUUAGUUUUUCCCAAGAAGAAUGGGAUAAUGCAUAUGCAACCGCUUCUCUUGUACUAGGUUUUUCAGCGGUCCCACGAAAGAUUUAUUCAGGUUUAAUCUCUGAUGGAGAAGUUUUGUCUUUUGAUUCAAUAUCUGGAUUUACAUUGUAUAUUUCUAAGGAUGUUGAUGGGGUUUUGGUUGUUAAUAGAAUUAGGGCAAAAGAAGUUGAUAUUAACAAAGGUGAGGUGGUUUUGCAUAUAAUGGAUGGUGUUAUAAUGGAUGCUGAAUUUGAGCAUUCGGUUCUGCCUGUUGAUGCUGUUGAAGGAGAUGAAAUGGCAAAUUGAGUUUUGUUUUUGAUAUGUUGUUUUUCUGUUUGGUUCUUUACUUUGGUUGUUGCGACUUGUGAUCAAUGUUACUAGAAAGGAUACGGGGAACGAAAACAGAAACACAAAACAGUAAUUUAGAGUUUUGGGAACAAAAGCUUUAGUACGAUGAGGUCCUUUGUCUUAUGAUAUUCUAAAUAGUUGUAGGUUGAAACAUUUUUCAUGAGAACAUAGUGUGGAGUUUGGGGGACAAAGUUUCCUAAACGUUAAUUUAGUAUUACAGGGAUGAAGUUUCCAAAAUGGAAUUCGGUGGGAAGUUUAUGGUUUUUGGUAACUAGGGUUAUGAUAAUUUGGAGGUUUUUGGUGAUGUUAUAUGACAUUUUGAAGUUUAUAGAGAGUUUUCACUUUUGGUUUUCUUCAAGAAAAUGUGAUGAAGUAAAGGGUGAUUGUCUAUAUGAUUGUUGAAGUGAUGAAAAUGGAUGAAUUUUUGCAGUUAAACAUCAGCUUCAGAAGUGUUCACUGCACAAUUUUGCUUGGAUCAUUGCCAACAAAUUUCCUUAUCAUUUGGCUUGCAAGUUUUAGAAUUAAUUUGCGCAAGUAAUUUAGACUUGUACUGAAGGCGAAGAACCCCAAUUGAGUCUAUAAUGCAUAGGCUAAGUUUCUAAUUUGUAGUUUGUAACAUCUUAGAAGUUAGAACUGUUGUAAUAUUGUGUAAAAAAACAGAAAUUUGACUGAUUAUAAGGAAUAAUAUAAAGUGAUUUUGAUAUUUUAA